AUGGGUGAUAAUACGCGAAUAAUUUCAGCAUAUCCACUACCGAAGUUGUAUCAUAAGUUACACUACUGUGUUUCGUGUGCCAUCCACAGUAAGGUGGUACGUAAUCGAAGCAGAGAGGCUCGCAGAGACCGCAAUCCCCCACCACGAUUCGGCCAACGAGCCGGACCUCAGGGUGAUCGUUUCCCACGACCUGGUGCACCCGUACGAACUUAA